AUGCCGCCAUUCCGGCGCUGGGAGGAACUGCCCCCGGACCUCCUCUGCCGCAUUGGCGACACCCUUGAACUCAAGUGCUACGCCAGAGCGCGCGGGGCCUGCAGAACGUGGCGAUGCGCGCUCCCGCCGCCAUUCCCGUCGCUCCUCGUGGUCGUCAACCGUUCCCCGUCUGCUGCAUCGCUCGCCAUCAACCGCUCCUUCGAGCUCAACGCCAUCCCCGAAAGAGCACGAUGCAUCGGAUCCAGCAACGGAUGGCUCGCCCUCCUCGGUGACAUGUGCAAGUUCAGCCUCUUCAACCCCAUCACUGCCACCGAGAUCGACCUGCCGCUACUGAUCUACAACAACAGCACCGACUCCACGUCCAGGCUGGUUUUCGCGCCCAACCCUGCCAGGGAUGACUUCGCCGCCGUCACCAUCUUUGACAUCAACGUGCUCGCCUACGUCACUGCUGGAGCAAGGAGGUGGGCCAUCCUCGAUCCCAUAAGCCUCACUCGCGGAGAUCAGCUCGUGGAUGUCUUCUACCAUGAGAAAGGUAGGGUUUACUGCCUCACUCGUUAUGGAGAUGUCUACAUACUCCGCCUACCGGAGCGCAGCCUCGGGAAACCUAUCAUGGUCAAGGAUCCAUCAUCAGGGUCUGCACGUUUCAAGGGGAGGCAGACCCAAGAACUGCGUAGGAGACUUCCUCGUUCUCCUUUUGAGGGUCCAGACCUGAAUGCGCCGGUCACCGUUGCACCCUUGUUGGCCAAGGGGGACCUUCCGUUCGACCCAGAUACUAGUUUUGCACCGCCAUACAAUAGAUUCGCUCUUGUCAAUAGUGCCAAGCACAUUGUGUUCUGUGACGGUAAUUUGUACCAGAUAUGGAGGAACAAGAGCUGCGCGGUUACCAUGCAGCUGCCAGGAGGCGGUCGUCAUCGUGUAGCAGAGAAUGAAAUGUUGGUUCUGAGGUAUUAUCCGCGGCGCCAACCAUGCUGGGAUGCUGUGACGGACUUGGGGGGCUACUCGGUAUUUCUCGGGAAGAACAACGCUGCGUCGAUGUAUGCUCAAUGUGUUCCAGGGCUCAAGGGUAACUGUGUGUACUGGAUCGGCGAGAUGGGUAGGGAUCAGUGCAUGGUCUUUGACAUGGUAAGCAAAAGGUCUACACCUUGCCUUCCCAUUGCUGCUGCUGGUGUCACUCCGCAAAGCACAAUUUGCUGGUACUUUCUCACUGACAUGGUGAAAAACUUCAACAAUGGAGGCAAAAGAGUUUAUCAGACCCGUGCGAGAGUCCGGGCUGAUCGUGAAAACCAAUAA